CGGAAGUGCGAGGCCGAGGAGAGCCACGUGGGUCGAGCUGGGGCGCAGCUCGCAUGGGGGAGUCUAUCCCGCUGGCCGCCCCGGUCCCGGUGGAACAGGCGGUGCUGGAGACGUUCUUCUCUCACCUGGGUAUCUUCUCUUACGACAAGGCUAAGGACAAUGUGGAGAAGGAACGAGAGGCCAACAAGAGCGCGGGGGGCAGCUGGCUGUCGCUGCUGGCGGCCUUGGCGCACCUGGCCGCGGCCGAGAAGGUCUAUCACAGCCUCACCUACCUGGGGCAGAAACUAGGGGGCCAGUCUUUCUUUAGCAGGAAGGAUUCCAUCCGCACCAUCUAUACUUCGUUGCAUAACGAGCUGAAGAAGGUGGUGACUGGCCGUGGUGCCCUGGGUGGGACUGCUCCUCACGUGGAAGAACUCCUUUCCCACCUGUCAGAGCAGCUCUGCUUCUUUGUUCAGGCUCGGAUGGAGAUCGCAGACUUCUAUGAGAAGAUGUACACCCUCAGCACACAGAAGUUCAUCAAUGCUGAAGAGCUCGUUGGCCUUUUGGAUGCCAUCCUGAAAAAAUACAGCUCCAGAUUUCACCACCCAAUCCUCAGUCCUUUGGAAAGCAGUUUCCAGCUGGAAGUUGAUGUCCUGUGUCAUCUCCUGAAAGCCCAGGCCCAGGUCUCAGAGUGGAAGUUCCUCCCGUCUCUGGUUAAUUUACACAGUGCGCACACCAAACUGCAGACCUGGGGCCAGAUCUUUGAGAAACAGCGGGAGACCAAGAAACAUCUGUUUGGAGGGCAGUCUCAGAAGGCCGUGCAGCCUCCACAUCUUUUCCUUUGGCUGGUGAAACUCAAAAACAUGCUUCUUGCCAAGUUUAGCUUUUACUUUCAUGAGGCUCUGAGCCGACAAACGACUGCUUCAGAAAUGAAAACGUUGACAGCAAAAGCUAACCCAGACUUUUUUGGAAAGAUUUCCAGCUUCAUCAGAAAAUACGAUGCUGCCAAUGUGUCCUUAAUUUUUGACAACAGAGGUUCUGAGAGUUUUCAGGGUCAUGGUUAUCACCACCCCCAUUCCUACAGAGAGGCCCCCAAGGGUGUGGACCAGUAUCCAGCUGUAGUGUCUCUGCCCAGCGACAGGCCAGUCAUGCACUGGCCCAAUGUCAUCAUGAUCAUGACGGACCGCACAUCUGAUCUGAACAGCUUGGAAAAAGUGGUCCACUUCUAUGACGACAAAGUUCAGAGUACCUACUUCCUAACCCGCCCGGAACCUCACUUUACCAUUGUCGUCAUUUUUGAGUCAAAGAAAUCUGAGAGAGACUCCCACUUUAUUUCCUUCCUCAAUGAGCUCUCACUUGCCCUUAAGAACCCCAAAGUGUUUGCAAGUCUGAAACCUGGAUCGAAAGGUUCCUGUUACCAAUGCAAUUAUUUCGUGGCCUUUUGCCUGAAUUACUCUAAGCUGCUUCUCCAGAGGAAAUGAGUCAGAAGAAAUAGGCUUGAUGUGCAUUUCUGCCUUUGGAGACUUCUCUUGAUAUGGUGUAAAUCCGUAAGGUUUCAUUAAUGCCUUGUCUGCAUAUUUUUUCAAUCUGCUUUUGAUAACAAGGUCUGUUUCUUGGGUACUUCAAAUUUAAAACUGUAGGGUAUGUGUAAAAUAUCACCACUAGAAAAUGGAGAGACACAAAUGGGUUCCCCCUUCUGUAGUCCUUCCCUAAUGUCAGAAUCAGGGGUUAGGAUUCUAAGUGAUGGUAUCACUCAGGAGAGGGUCACAAGAGUAAACGACAUGGGAGUGCAUUCUGAAAGACGACUGCUUAGACGUGCGGCGAGAAUGGCCGGAAAACGGAGGAUGGCGGGGAAGAUAGUCAUUGGGACUUUUGCUAAGUUUGUCCAUAGAGAGUGAAUUCUGCUUUUGCUGGUCCUAAAAACUGCAGAGUAAUUCUACAAUCCAGUUAAAUUUGUAAAUCUAAUGCCUGAUUUGAUCUGAGAUUUAUAAUGACUCAGCUGGUUGAUCCAGCUUAGGUCUAGACUCAUUUCACUUUUGUUGUGACAAGAUACGACAAUGUAGGACACACCCUUUACCCCCCCACGGUCAUCCUGGUGUCAGUCAUUUCAGGCUAGGCCAGUGUCAGAGCAGUCCCUGAAGCAGAAGUGGAUGGAAAGAUGUGAAUGAUUUCUAAUAUUCAACAUUCAUUAAUUUAACAUUGACUGUGCUAAGGGUAGUGAUAUAGCAGUUAACCAAGACCAACAUGGUGUCUGCUUGGUUGAUGCUUGAAAUAAGGUGAUCUGGCCCCAGCCACCUGGGUGGCCAGGAGCUGAAAGGGCUGUAACCAGUAGGCAGUAAAUAGUCUUCAAACUUGUUAACUUGCAUACCUCCCUACAAAUUUUGGAAAAACCAUGAGACUCUGAUUGAUUUUUUAAAAGAAUAUCUAAAAUUAUUAUGUUUAAAUAGCCUCAAAAGAAGCAUUUUAUUAUGUAUUGUAAAUAUUGGCAUUUUAAAAUGUUAUUUGGUCUUUUAAAUGUAUCCAGUGAAAUCUUGGUACAAUAGAGAUUUGAUAGCUACCAUUUUCCAUCUUUAAAAAUACUUUAACAUGCUUUGUAACAGUUGGAAAUAUUGUUUGAUUCCUUUUGCUCCCUGAACUCCAUUCUACUUCUUCCAAAGAAUUUUAUCCUAAAAUGAAUUUAUUUUUUGCUUAAAAGUCUUAUUGGUUACCUUAUUAAAUACUACUCAGUA